AUGAUGUUCUCCUUCCGCGCUGGGAGCGCAUCGGCGUCUCCACAGUCGGAGCGUUUAUCCAGAGCUGGAGACCAGGGACAGGAACCCAGACCCAAGCGGGCCAAGAUCAGCGUUGCGUGUAAUGUGUGCAAGGCGAGGAAGACCAAGUGUGAUGGUGUCAGGCCGGUGUGCGGUCCCUGCGCGAAGAGGCAGGGUUCGCAGGUUUGCAGGUACAGGGAGGAAGAGGUUCCGUCUGGUGCGCAUUCUAAUUCUACCCCGGACAAGCGGAUAAACAUCAGCACUCCGCAGUCGCACUCCCACUCGCAGCAAGCAUAUAGAACCCCAUCACAGAGCCACAUCGAAGACGGCCGGACCAGAUCUCACAGCCCGAUCGUACCUAGCGGGAGUUUGUUCGGAGCAUCUAGUGGAGCACAGAUGUUACACGAGUCGAGGCGCGAGUCAGACACGACAAGCGGGUUCGAGCAGGGAGAGCAAAGGAGUCGAGUUCAACCGAAACCUCUCAAAGAACUUCCGAGACUACAGAAGCGAGGCCCUAGAACAGAGCCGUCCGAUGUCCAGUUUGCAAUUCCCCCCCGGAAAGUCGCAGACCAUUUACUUAACCUGUAUUGGGACUUUGUCGACAGCGCGUAUCCCUGGCUGGACCGGGCUUCUAUCGAGAAGGCAUACGAGACACUGUGGUCAAAGGAUGGCGAGGCCGAACUAACGAUGGACGAGAGGGCGCUGCAUUGUAUUCUGAAUCUCAUGUUCGCGACAUCGUGCGUUGCGUCUCAGGGCGAGCCUCCUCUGUCACGGUAUCAAUCCUCUGUUGUCUUUUUCGACAGAGCGCAGGAGUUGAUGUCGUACGGGUUGAUGGAGAUAUACAGCUUCGAGAUUAUCCAAAUAUUACUACUAACGGCGGUGUAUCUGCAGCACGACAAGGUGCCCCAGAAGUGCUUCCGCAAUAUUGCAACAGCAAUCCAUAUCGCGCAGGAAUUGGGUCUUCAUGUCCCUGAGACAACCGAGGCUAUCAGUGACCCACGCGAGCGAGAUCUCGCACGUCAAGUCUGGAACGGGUGCGUUAUCAUGGAUAGGAUCUGUGCUAUGACAUUUGGAUGCGCCCUCAAGAUUCCCCAAUCACUCGCGAAGCAAGGGCUAAGCUCACUGAUGCUGAACUCGAUGGAGACAAGUAGAGAUACUGAACAUGUUGCGCUCCCGUCGAAAGUCAAUUUCUACAUAUCGUUUUGCCGACUGCAUCAUAUCAUCGGGGAGGUGUUAGAGAUAUUCUACAUCUCCCGUGAAGACACCGCUAGCAAAGAAGACAAUGCGUCUCUGUACUUUGAUAGAUUCGCAAGCCUCUUCCGUAUCGAGUCAGAACUGAAUAGCUGGGCUGCAAAUUUGCAUCCAUUCUUUCAGAUGCCUUCGGAUCUUGCAGACCCAACGCCGACGAAACAUAUCACUCGUGAGGCGAAUAUACUACGCGCCAGAUAUUUGUCCGUUCGACUUCUCCUCUUUAGACACUUCCUACUACAAGACCAUCAGACCAAGCCGACCCCAAUACCGAGUCUGUACGCCGAAGAUCCUCAGGUCAUGCCCAAUGUCGUCCUCCACUGCCAGCUCAACUGCGCAAAGGCAGCGGGGGACAUGAUCGAGUUCAUUGCGAGGAAUCUACCAGAGCAGACGCAAGCGUACAUAUUGCCGUCAAACUGGUAUACCGUGUCUUACGUGUAUAUGGCAGUAACCAUCCUGCUCGCAGCCAAAACAUCGCGGUCCCGGCAACUAAUGGAGAAUCUAUCUGCAACUCGCAUGAACAGCCUGCUACACCUAGCACGCGAUAUCCUCAAGGGCUACGAAUCACACACAACGCUAGCAUCGAGAUGUAAUUCCGUUCUGAAACUAAUUGGCGAGAACAUCGACACUCGGCGCCGUGGGUCUGGACCUGAUGCUAUUCCUGUUGAAUCUGGGCUUCCAGGAACAACGAAUAGUACCAAUAAUAGCAGUCUAGCACAACCGGACCAAAUCAUGACCGGGCCAGAAACUCAGGAUAGCCUGGAUAGUCUGGCCUGGGUUGAUAAUUAUGCGUUUGAUUGGAAUGACUGGCCUACGUUCUUUGCGCAGCUGGAUGGAGAGACUCCUGUUGAGGGGUGGAAUGCAGGCAUGACUUAG